AUGGGAAGGAGACAUCAAAAGGCACGAAAGAGCACCAAUGAUGGAGAUAGUGUGUGUGUGGGAGGGGGAGAGCAUUAGUGAAAGGGAAUCAACCUGGGACGUUAGAACCAAAUCAGAGACCUUUUUUCACAGUGAAACCGAACACGAAGUAGGAAGUAGGUCAAAGGUGAAACUAUGCAAGUAAAAAAGGAGAUGAAGCACGCUGUUGCCAUUGAAACUCUUUAUAGAGUCUUGGAACGCCCUACCAGUGCACCCACCCCUCCCCCUUCUGACCUUCAGAAUUACUAAUUAACCCAAACACCUUAUUACCAUCAUUACUGACCGGCCUUUACAGAUACCAGCAUUUCUUUAAUUUACGUCUUGCGCGAGUCUUUCGCUAACACGGUAUGUAAUCACUUUCUUGACUUUGAGUCCAGUUUUGUGAAUGAAAUUCGAGCUAAUCCUCAGACCACUGUUUUGUUAUUUUUUAGUCAGGAUCGGAUAAGGAUGGCAAGCAAGGCAAAACUUGGUCUUAAGGUAAGAGUACGAUUUAUUUAAACACCAAACUUUCUUGUGACUUUUGUGCGUUUACCAGUAGUUCUCAGAGGCUGAAAUGAUGAGUCAUUAUGAUAUUUGAUAGGAAUUGCCGUCAGAUCAGUUAUUAACUGAAGACAUCCUCAACUCUGACAGCCUGUAAUAAAACCUUCGUUUAAAAUAAGCUGUGUAAUAGGGUACAUGCACGUGAUUUCACGGCUGUCAACUUGGAGAUUGGGCUGUUUGCCUCUACAAAUAUUUCACACUGUUUUGGGUCGUUCCUUUAAACGUUUCAGUGGAUAUGUCUACACCUCUGUCCAGUUUCUAAUAUUAGCUACUCCUUUUUGUUCUUCAAAACUGCAGAUCCCUCUUGGUGCAUUACCUCACUCUUGUUAAGGCUACGUUGUAGUGAUGACGUCAAAUAUGUCUACUUAUGUCUAAGGUAAGAAAAUGUUCGCUGAGGGCAGUGAUUUUGUUUUAGUUGUUUGUUGGUUUGUUAAUUUUUUUUGGUUUUUGGUUAUUUUUGUUAUUUUUUCAGACACUUAGGGCAACAUGACUGAGAAGACGUCGUUGUUGUAAUUUAAGUAGUUAGAAUGCUCUCAGAGGUUCCCGCUAGGUGUCCCGGUAUAUAUAUCCCAAUAAAAAUAGCAAGCGCGCGGGGCAUGCCUACCUUGCUUCCUCUCUUUCCCCUUCCCAUCCUCCUCAGCGCGCUUUUUUCCUUUCCCCAGCCUCUUUCGACACAAAGAGGCCUAGAAUGUCGGGGGCUGAAAUGAUGAGUCAUUAUAAUAUUUGAUAGGAAUUGCCGUCAGAUCAGUUAUUAACUGAAGACAUCUUCAACUCUGACAGCCUCUGAACAUUCCCUUGAAAUACUGUGCUGUAAAAAAAGGAAGAACAAGUGGAAAAGAUAGACAAAGCAUUUCAUCAUACAAUUACCUGACUUUUUUGCUUAAUUUGUUUCAGACUGAGACGGCAGUCGAGAUUUGGCUACAUUAUUUACUGUCGAGCCAGAUAUCACUCACUUAUGUGAUGGUGAAAGAUAGUUAUCUCAUGUCUGCCAUGCAGGAGCGCACGGUGUUGGAGACAGUGGUGCCAAGCAUUGCGGCGAACGCUAAAGGAUGACGAAGAGGUUGUUGAUGAUGAUGAUGAUGGUUAUGAUUGUGAUAAUAAUGAUGAUGACGAUGAGAAUGAGAAUGAUGAUGAUGACGAUAGUGACGGUGAUGAUGCUUUGUGA